AUGGACUUCCUUUCCAUCUACACACAGCACUACGCUGUCAGAGUGGAGCACAGGGACAGAGUGGAGCACAGGGACAGUGUGGCGCACAGGGACAGAGUGGAGCACAGGGACAGAGUGGAGCACAGGGACAGAGUGGAGCACAGGGACAGAGUGGAGCACAGGGACAGUGUGGAGCACAGGGACAGUUUGGAGCACAGGGACAGUGUGGAGCACAGGGACAGUGUGGAGCACAGGGACAGUGUGGAGCACAGGGGCAGUUUGGAGCACAGGGACAGAGUGGAGCACAGGGACAGUGUGGAGCACAGGGACAGUGUGGAGCACAGGGACAGUGUGGAGCACAGGGACAGAGUGGAGCACAGGGACAGAGUGGAGCACAGGGACAGAGCACAGGGACAGAGUGGAGCACAGGGACAGAGUGGAGCACAGGGACAGAGUGGAGCACAGGGACAGAGUGGAGCACAGGGACAGAGUGGAGCACUGGGACAGAGCACAGGGACAGAGUGGAGCACAGGGACAGAGUGGAGCACAGGGACAGGACAAAGUGGAGCACAGGGACAGAGUGGAGCACAGGGACAGUGUGGAGCACAGGGACAGAGUGGAGCACAGGGACAGUGUGGAGCACAGGGACAGUGUGGAGCACAGGGGCAGUGUGGAGCACAGGGGCAGUGUGGAGCACAGGGACAGAGUGGAGCACAGGGACAGAGUGGAGCACAGGGACAGUGUGGAGCACAGGGACAGUGUGGAGCACAGGACGUCCCGCUCUGUUCCCCUCUCUCCUGCCUCCUCUCUCCUGCCUUCUCUCUCUGCUCUCCUGCCUCCUCUCUCCUGCCUCUUCUCCUCUCUCCUGCCUCCUCUCUCCUCUCUCCUGCCUCAUCUCUCCUCUCUCCUGCCUCCUCUCUCCUGCCUCUUCUCCUCUCUCCUGCCUCCUCUCUCCUCUCUCCUGCCUCAUCUCUCCUGCCUCCUCUCUCCUGCCUCUUCUCCUCUCUCCUGCCUCAUCUCUCCUCUCUCCUGCCUCAUCUCUCCUCUCUCCUGCCUCCUCUCUCCUGCCUCUUCUCCUCUCUCCUGCCUCCUCUCUCCUGCCUCUUCUCCUCUCUCCUGCCUCAUCUCUCCUCUCUCCUGCCUCUUCUCCUCUCUCCUGCCUCAUCUCUCCUCUCUCCUGCCUCAUCUCUCCUCUCUCCUGCCUCUUCUCCUCUCUCCUGCCUCAUCUCUCCUCUCUCCUGCCUCCUCUCUCCUGCCUCUUCUCCUCUCUCCUGCCUCAUCUCUCCUCUCUCCUGCCUCAUCUCUCCUCUCUCCUGCCUCCUCUCUCCUGCCUCUUCUCCUCUCUCCUGCCUCAUCUCUCCUCUCUCCUGCCUCCUCUCUCCUGCCUAUUCUCCUCUCUCCUGCCUCCUCUCUCCUGCCUCUUCUCCUCUCUCCUGCCUCAUCUCUCCUCUCUCCUGCCUCUUCUCCUCUCUCCUGCCUCAUCUCUCCUCUCUCCUGCCUCCUCUCUCCUGCCUCUUCUCCUCUCUCCUGCCUCAUCUCUCCUCUCUCCUGCCUCCUCUCUCCUGCCUAUUCUCCUCUCUCCUGCCUCAUCUCUCCUCUCUCCUGCCUCUUCUCCUCUCUCCUGCCUCUUCUCCUCUCUCCUGCCUCCUCUCUCCUGCUUCUUCUCCUCUCUUCUGCCUCCUCUCUCCUCUCUCCUGCCUCCUCUCUCGUCCCCCUCAGUCCCCUAAGGGCUGUCCACGUGAAUCAGAGCGUUUACCCAGCAUGCCCUUGUCCUGCCGGGACCGACCUCAGACCCCAGACCCCAGACCCAGCUCUGAGUCCCUCUGUAAAGCUGCUCUGACACCAAGGACAGCCUCACCUCCUCUGAAGGAUCCUGGACGCGACGCAGACAUGUCCCCUCUCUCUGUUGCCGACUGUAGCCACGUGCUGCUCACGGGCUCUGCCCUCGAGCCCAUGAGCCAAGCGGCUGCUCCUUCUCCCAGAGGACAGGAGGAGACCUCCUCCAUCAGACCUCCAUCAGACCUCCCUCAGACCUCCCUCAGACCUCCUCCAUCAGACCUCCCUCAGACCUCCUCCAUCAGACCUCCCUCAGACCUCCUCCAUCAGACCUCCCUCAGACCUCCCUCAGACCUCCUCCAUCAGACCUCCCUCAGACCUCCUCCCUCAGACCUCCAUCAGACCUCCCUCAGACCUCCUCCAUCAGACCUCCCUCAGACCUCCUCCCUCAGACCUCCCUCAGACCUCCCUCAGACCUCCCUCAGACCUCCCUCAGACCUCCCUCAGACCUCCCUCAGACCUCCUCCAUCAGACCUCCCUCAGACCUCCUCCAUCAGACCUCCCUCAGACCUCCCUCAGACCUCCUCCAUCAGACCUCCCUCAGACCUCCUCCAUCAGACCUCCCUCAGACCUCCCUCAGACCUCCUCCAUCAGACCUCCCUCAGACCUCCUCCAUCAGACCUCCCUCAGACCUCCUCCAUCAGACCUCCCUCAGACCUCCUCCAUCAGACCUCCCUCAGACCUCCUCCCUCAGACCUCCAUCAGACCUCCCUCAGACCUCCUCCAUCAGACCUCCCUCAGACCUCCUCCCUCAGACCUCCAUCAGACCUCCCUCAGACCUCCUCCAUCAGACCUCCCACAGAUCUCCUCCAUCAGACCUCCUCCAUCAGACCUCCCACAGAUCUCCUCCAUCAGACCUUCCUCAGACCUCCCACAGACCUCCUCCAUCAGACCUCCCUCAGACCUCCUCCAUCAGACCUCCCUCAGACCUCCCACAGAUCUCCUCUGUGCUGCUCCUUCGUGUUCAGAUCCUUGUCUUGUUCCAACACAACUUUCCCAUUUCCUUCUGACAUCGUCGUCCUGUAG